UAAAAGGGUCGUUUGGAGUUAAAAGUUUUUAAGGAACUUGGCAGACCGAACGCAAUGUAUAUGUCGGUUAUAUGCCCGAAUGAGAUGAACAAUAAAAAUGGCAGCGCCCAUAGAGUCGCACCUAGUUCUAAUAAUCAACAUGCAUAUUGGCAUUUUACCCUCUUCCAAUUCAUUGUACUACACUCAAAUAUUUGAAGAUAAACUGAACAAAUAUGCGUUUGGUGCAGAACACAAUCUAGUGCAAAAAAUAAAAUCCACUAUAGCCGAACCCACCACGACUAAUUUAGUUGUCAGAUGUCAAUCUCAACCCUCCAGUCAACAGUCAUCUAUCAGUUGUCAAAAUUGUUGAGUGUUGGAAUUAUUAUAGGAGUGUUUCUUGUUUAUUUUCAAAAAAAGAUAAAAUGCAUCUAUUAAAAAGAGAUUAUAUAUUAAAUUAUAUUCAAUAAUGGGAGUAGUAAAGUGUUUCAAAUAUGAAAAGGACUACACUUAGAAUAUGAGUUGAAUUGAUGAAAAUUUCCUUUGUAUUUAGUUUGUAGUUUAAGAUUAGAAUAAAUUAUAGAUAUGGCAAGAGAACGUGUUACGAGAAAAUGGGAAAUAUUUCAAGGAAGAAACAGAUUUUAUUGUAAUGGAAGACUUAUGACAGCACCUAAUUCAGGAGUAUUCUUACUAACACUUUUUUUGAUAACAAUUACGAGUAUGCUAUUUUUUAUAUUCGACUGCAAAUAUUUAGCCGAAAAUGUGACGAUAGCAAUUCCAAUCAUUGGUGCAUUGUUGUUCUUGUUUACAAUGUCUUCCUUACUGCGUACAAGCCUUUCCGAUCCUGGAAUCAUUCCCAGGGCGUCUUCAGAAGAAGCAGCAUAUGUUGAGAAACAAAUAGAAGUAACAAAUUCCGCCAACAGUCCGACAUACAGACCUCCUCCAAGGACGAAAGAGGUCUUAGUUAAGGGACAAACAAUCAAAUUGAAAUAUUGCUUUACAUGCAAAAUAUUUAGACCUCCUAGAGCAUCACAUUGUAGUUUAUGUGAUAAUUGUGUAGAUAGAUUUGACCAUCACUGCCCAUGGCGGGGACAGGAAAAUUUCAACCCCUACUCAGAAGGUAACGUCUGCUUGAAUUGUUUUCAUAUUCUUUGUGGUCCAAUUACUCCUUCUUUGAUUGAUAGAAGAGGAGUCGUGACAGACAGCUAUCGUUAUGAAAACAGUAGGACUGUAACAAAUGCCCCAACUUUGCCUUUGAAAAAGUAUGGAGUACCAAUACAGAAUGGUCCGCAGCAAGCGUCCACGGAAAUACCUGGAAUUUACCGCCAAACCACAGAAAAUAUCGGUACGUACAGUCCUCUGAAAAAGCACUUCUACCGAGCGCAGCAAAUAAUUCCGUCCAAAAAUUGUGCCAAUCAAAAAAUUAUACCUUCUCCUGUACCACAAUUUUUACCUUACGAUAGGAAUGAACCUCCGUCUCGGUCGGAAACAUUCAAAAACAGUCACUCGCUACCUCAACUUAAGAAUAUCGUAAACCAAGAUUAUUUACCUAAUAAUAAUUUUGUAAAAUACGGUUUGGUGGUUCACCAAGGCCCUUUGCCGCCCCGCGAUUGUAAUUUCACGCCUCCCGAAAGAGGAUAUAAUGUAAAUUUCGUCAGAAGGGUUGAUCCCAGAGUUGGACGAAAGCCUAGGCCUAAGAGUAGUUGCAUUUACGAGAAUGUUCAUCCUACCGACGAGUUUUGUGUUAUAAGAAUGAGUAGCGAAAGAAGUUUGACUCACAAUUUAAGGGUUGAUAGUUUUCCCAUGCCAGAUUUCAAAAACAACACUGGUAGCGUUACUCACUUAGUAUCUAGUGAACAGCCUUUAGCUGUCGUACCCGUAGCGGUGCAUUUACAGAUGUCUCCCGAAGAUCCGUUACAGUACAAGUCCCAAACCAGCCUCAAUCACUCCCCUCUAUACAACAACAUCACUCCGUUGAACACCCAUACACAACAUAAUAAACCACAGAGGUGUACCGACAAUUCGACAUCAUCCUUUAAGGAAAAUCAAAAUGUAGAAGACCUGCAUUUAGAUCCUGUUAUAUUGCGGGAAAGCCAUAUGUUGGCAACGAUUAAUGAUAAAAACCGUUACGCCGAUUUGCGGCUUGAUAACGAUAUGACAGUGCAAGACAAAGAAAACAGUUUAUUUAGUGUAAGUAGGCUGCGAUUAUUACAAGAUACUACGAUGAUAGAAAGUGCUCUAGACUUAGACUCACUCGAUGGUUCUAGCUUAGGUACGAACAGUCAAGCUGGCCUUAUGAAAGUCGAAGUUUAAUUUUGUUUUCUUUCGAGUUUACCUUAUUGCAUUUUAGAAAUGGAAUUUUUAAAUCAAUAUUUGAUUGCUAACGAAUUGCAAUUUUUAUUAAGUAUACUGAGAAAAAUUAUGUUUCAAUUCUUGUUUAUAAAAUGACCUGCUCUUAUGUGAAAACUGUUUUUCUAUCAAAUAUUUUUGACAAAUAUAUUACCCUUUAACUUCCUUUCUCUCAAAAACGAAUCAAAAGAUUAAGCUAGUCAAGAGUUUGGAUGUUGUAAUUAAUCAAAAAUUUGACCAUUUAAUAGAAAUCCAUUUUUCAUAAGAAGGGUAUGUCUACCAAAGUUCAAGCUUUUUGUAAUUAGUUAAGUCACUAAGAGCCUAAUUCGCAAAGUAUUUUUAAAUUUAUCUACAUGCAAAUUCUUAAAGAUAGAAAAGUAAUAUUAUAAUGAAUGUCCAAUAAAAUUAGGCGGAUAUUUUACUGAUUGUAGUUUAAUUUUUUUCAGUUAUGAAAACAUGAUAAAUAAGUUUUGCUCAUCGUGCGGAACAAACAAAAAUAUUUAAGAUGAACGGCUACUGCUUUCUUUUUUUUGUUUUCUAUAGAUUUCAAAAAUAUUUAAUUUGUUAUUGAUCUGAGGAAAGAACCAUGUGAAAUUUGAAAAAUCACGCCCAUCGUCCAACUUACUUUUUCUUUAAAUUUACGUUGUUUUUGUCUUUUAUAUGUAUGUGUAACUAUUUAAAAAUGCUUUGUGAAUAAGGAUCAAGAGGUAUUUUUAUUGUAAUGUAUGUUUUCAAACAAUGAUAAGAAUAAUUAACAUCACAAAAAAAUUUUUUGUUGAAAACAUUCAGAAUAUAUUUAAGCAUAAGAGGCUCUAAAAUAUUUAUCUUCCAAAGAGUUAUGGAGCAACAAUUUAUUUUUUUUAAAUUUAAUUUCCAUUGUAUUUAUGGGACAAAAACAAUACACGUUAUAAAAUUUGGCUUAUUUGAAACUUCUUUUAAUGAAAAUUUCUGGCAUUAGUAGAAAACCAAUUAAAAUCGCUCAUUUUCAGUCACGUGCGUCAGCAUAUCCAAUCAGCUCUGACUUACACUGGGGUGUUAUCGUUUAUGUCAAGUUUGCACCAAACAAACCAAUGUAUGAACUAUUACGCUAAAUGAUAAAACUCAAAAUUGGACGUUUCGUUUAAUAACUAUUUUAAUAAUUAUUUAUUAAAAAGAUUCACAGUAGAGACAGUGAUUCAUGACAUUUUAAUCUAUUUCCCAAUUCAUUUUCAAUCAGUAUUUAAUACGAACAUUAAUCUGGUGUACCGUGUACCCCAUAUGUAAACGUUUAAUAAUAUGACAUUUAUAAAAAGUCAAACUUUGUCAGUUUCAAAUUUAUUUUUUUUAAAUGUCUCGAAAGUGAAAAUAAUCAAAAUAAUGAUGUACUAAAGAAUUUGGCAAUAAAUAUAAGAAAAAACGAUGAUACCGACUUUCAAGAAAGUACAAUCAACUUUUUAUUAAAUAAAUGAGUUAAAAUAUGCCAAAAGUUUUCUGACCGAAUAUAUCCCUCAGUCAGUGAUAAAUACUCAUAAUUUUAGCAACGUGCUUUCGGUAAAAAAAAAAAAUAUUUCGAAUUAUCACUUCCUUGGGAUAUUACUACUGAUGAGAAACAAUUAUUCCUGAUUUUUUUAUAUUGAUUUACGUAGACUACAGUGAAAAACAAAUUAAUUCUGAAAAAAUGUAUGAAUGAACAAAGCCAAUAAAAUUUUAAAAAAAUCGUUAAUGUUGUAGCAAAUAAUUCAUAACUGUAAUAUCCUGAAAAUUAUUAUGUUAUUGUUAAUUUGUUUGUAGUUAUUUAAAAUAUAAUAAUAAGUAUACUGAAAUUACAUUUAUUGACUUUCUGAUGUGACAUAGCUACCUGUAUCUGGUUAGAAACGUGACUAAAACUGUGUAAUUAAAACAUGACUAUUGCGUGUGCCUGUUUCUUUGUAAAAUUAUUUUCUAAUAUACAUGUAUAAAUUUUAAACAACAAAUUAAUAUAAUUUCUGUAAUUAAACUAAGAAAUAGGCAACGAGUGCAAGAAGAAUGAAAGAAAGGCAAAACUUGCUAAUAUAUUCAAAAUAUCAUAUACAGUGUCCUCAAAGAAAAUGAGAGAACAAUUUGAAAGUGUCCUUGUUAAAAAUUUGUAUGUCCGGGAAUUGAAACCUAAAAAUGGUAUUUUAUUUAGUGAAAUCUAAUAUUUUUGGAUAAAUUUAUUUCUUUGUAGAAAGUGGUAUAACACCCAAAAAGUUUAUACUUUACAAUUAAUAAUUAUCUGGGGACUCUGUAUAUUUAAUAUUAAGAAGGCCAAGAAAUUUUCUUUAUUUAUUAAAUGACCUAAUUAAAAAAGUUUCUAACUAGACUUAUUAGAUAUA